UUCCUGUGGUGCUGAAAUAGUGUUCACCCGGUUUGAACUUUUAUUAUCAAUUAUCCUGGGAAGCGUUUCAAGCUCAAAGUUGGUUGAUGUACUUGAAUAGUGUUGUAAGGUUAUUUUUCUGAAAAUUAAGGGUUUAUACCUCUAUUUUCCACUACAAGUAUAUUCCCACUAUUCACAAUGGCAACGGUACUACGAUCACAAUCUAGCAGAUUACUUUCAUCGCUUAAAAGAUCUAAUUACUUGAGGAAUGUUUUAUCAAGAGGAUACGCCGAUGAUGUUAAAAUGGAUUUCACUUUUUCUGCCGCUAAUAAAGUAUUUUACGCGAAUCAAAGUGUAAAGCAAGUUGAUGUACCAGGUUUCAAUUGCGCAUUCGGUAUCUUACCUAAUCACGUACCGACGAUAACUAUUCUUAAACCGGGCGUUGUUACUGUUUACGAAGAAGAUGGCUCCGCUAAGAAAAUCUUCGUUUCUAGUGGAUCGGUUACUGUUAACGAAGAUUCGUCUGUACAAAUUUUGGCCGAAGAAGCUCAUCCUCUGGAUAGUUUCGAUAAAAAUAAUGCCACCGAAGCUUUACAUCAGGCCGAAAAACAACUCGCUUCGGCCAGCUCGGAAGCUGAUAAAGCCGAAGCUCAGAUCGCCGUUGAAGCUGGUCAAGCUAUCCUAGCAGCUUUGAAUGCUUAAUAAGUGUAAUUAAUUUAUGUUGUUAUCAUUUCUGUGUUAGGUAAAGUAUAAAAUAUAAAAUUUGUAAGAUA